AUGGUUCACCGCGGCCAGGGCACGUGGCUGUGGAUGGCGCUGGGCGUGCUGUCCCGCGACGCCGCCAACUUCCCGGACCCCGGCGCGUUCCGGCUGGAGCGGUUCGACACGGCGAGCGAGGAGCAGCGCGGGCGGCACCCGUGCGCGCACAUCCCCUUCGGCAUCGGCCCGCGGGCGUGCGUGGGGCAGCGGUUCGCGCUGCAGGAGGUGAAGCUGUCCAUGGUGCACCUGUACCGGCGUUUCCUCUUCCGGCGGUCGCCACGGAUGGAGUCGCCACCGGAGCUCCAGUUCGGGAUCGUGCUCCAGUUCGGGAUCGCGCUGCAGGAGGUCGUCGGCGGUCGGCACGGCGCCGCGCGGCCCGAAGCCGUCGACCUCCGCCAGCAGCCUGGCCUCGACCUCCGGGUGGCCGGCGACGAGGAUGCUGUCGGUGCUUCUGCUGCUGGUGGUCGCGGGCGGCGCGGCCGCGUCGCACUCGAGCUCGAGCUCGUCGUGCCCCGCGACGCCGCCGGCCUCGUCCCCACCAUGCAGCACUGCAUCGAGCGCGCCGCGGACGCAAUACUGGCGGCGGGGGUUCAGGAGAACGGCGACGUCGACUUCUCCGACCUCUCGCUCAAGCUGGCCACGGACAUCAUCGGGCAGGAGGCGUUCGGCGUGGAUUUCGGCCUCACGGCGAGCGGUCCCGGCGGCGAGGCCGUGGAGUUCAUCAGGGAGCACGUCCACUCCACGACCUCCCUGAAGAUGGACCUGUCCGCGCCGCUCUCCGUCGCGCUCGGCCUCGUCGCGCCCGCGCUGCAGGGCCCGGUACGGCGGCUGCUGAGCCGUGUCCCGGGGACGGCCGACUGGAGGGUCGCGCGGACCAACGCGCGGCUCCGCACGCGGGUGGACGAGAUCGUGGCGGCAACGCGCUGUUAG